GAGGAGUUGACUUUAAGCAUGAAUCCUCUGGGUGAUGGUUGAACGCAAGCAUUAGCGAGUCUUCUGUCCGCAUGUCCCCUGCUCUCCACUCUGUCCCUGCAAGCUUGUGGCCUCUCUGCAUGCUUCCUGCAGUAACACUGUCUGCUCUUAGCCAACGCCAUGGCCAGCACUGGAAAUAUGCGGUCAGUGUGCCUCUCCCAUAAUACACUGUGCUCCACUGGUUUUGAGCUUGUGUUGAAGACGUUACCGAUGCACUGUCUCACGCACCUUCAGCUCUCUGCAGUCUGUAGAGGUCCAUCUGACCAGCCUGCCAUGGAGAUCCUCACUAAACUCCUGACACAAGGUGACUGUCCACUCACGCACUUAAACCUGGCUGGAAAUGGCCUCACGGACCACAAUGUCCUCUUGCUCGCUAGUGACUUCAGUUGACCUUCAAAGUCUCCUUAAUGCCCUCAUGGAGGCCCAACGACCUUUGACCCAUCUCAGUCUUCAAGGCUGUCAGGUGUCAGGACCUCUGGGUGAUGUUUGUUUGGAAAGUCUGUCUGAUCACAUCAGAGACCUGUGUUUGUGCUCCCAGAGUCUGAAUAAACUAGACCAGGGUGCGCUGCAGCAGAGCUGGAGAUCAGAACCCAUGCAUGUGUUUUCUCGCAACUUCAAAUGCAUGCUGAGCAUCACCGCAGCUUCACAGUAAACUCUUUCUGGCAGUAGCAUUAGUCUAAUGGACAAAUUCUUGAAAACAUUUGUCUGUAGCAUGUGUGCUGUCAUUAUGUAUUUUUUUAUUGUAAUUAUUUGUAUGGACACGUAUAUUUGUUUCUAUUUGACUCAAACCCAUUUUAUUCUAUUUAGUGCAAUUUCUUUAUUGCUGAAUUUUUGCUAAAUGUAAGAAAUUAUGAGUUUGAAAUGGGCAAGGGAUAUUAAUAUGUGGUGUGGUGCUAAUGGACCAAGAAAUGGACCAAUAAAUAUUAACUCAGGCAUCCUCUGUUUGUAAAAGUAUCUCCAAAAAUUGGAAGAGCAAAAACAUGUCACAAAACAUGAGUUGCAUGCAUUUAUUGUGCCGUAAUUUAGAGAAAAA